AUGGAAAAGGUGCCUAGCGAAGUCUUCGACUUGAUAAUCAGCGAACUGGUUGAUGGUUGGACCGUUGAUGACCUCUGCCGAGCUCGCCUUGUCUGCCGCAGUUGGAAUCAACACGCCAUAAAACACCUCUUUGGUACAGUCACACUUUACAACAGAGACAAGACGAUAGACAAUGAUUUCCAGUCGUGGAACAACUUGAUGAGCCUACAGGUUGUUAAAGACAACGCGCACCGUGUCAUCAUUGAAACUUGCCCUCCUAAUCUACGCAAAGGCCACCUCAGAUGGGACCUGUGGGAAGAAGAAGGCCGAUGGCCUGAGUUCACGUCUGCCAUUGAUAGAAUCAUCGACCUUGAUCACUUGCAGGCGAUUGAAGUGCGGUUCUCGUCUGAAUGUCGCGGGUUUGAUGAGUCUGCUGCUGCUUAUUACAGAGGCAACGACGAUCGAGAGAUGAGGAGUGCUCGUGAAGCUGCAUUGAAGGCUGUCUACAAGGCAGUGCAACAGAGAGAAGAACGAAGCCUCCAAGAUGGGGCUGAGAUAUCACCGAUCCGAGAGCUGAACUUAUGCAACCUCCAGAAUACUCAUCCGCCAGAGGGACUGGUGAAUGGCCUUUUCAAGGAUGUGGAACGUUUACAUAUCCGGAUGCUAGAUGAACAAAACGAAGGGGAAGACCUUGGUGAUUUCGAACUUGCAGAGAGAUUCGACUUUGACCAUAUUCUCGAACACGAAAUACUGGUACCGAUCAUGGACCAACUGGUGGAACUUAAUCUCUCGUCUCAUUACGAAUGGGGUUUGUUGCCAGCACGAUUUGAGGGCAAGGAGCUUAAGUUUCUGAACCUCAAAACACUAAGGUUGGGGAACUUUGUCAUCGGCCACUUCGAUCAACUCGAAUGGAUUUUUGACCAAAAGUCCCUGACAUGUCUUCGACUACACGAAUGUCAGAUAGUCACCCAUUUCCACUUUCUGGAAUCCACAGUACGAGAGUGGGAGAUAAACACCAGCGACUGGGAGCAAUUUGAUGGUGGACCGUGGUUCAUUGACCAUCCCUACACCGACAGCGAAUUUUGGACCUUUGACUUGAAGUGGAAGAACGUAUUCGAUCAGAUUAGCAAGUCUCUACCGAAACUGGCCGAGUUUGGCGUGACUUGGGGUUAUAGCUACGACUGGUAUUCUGAUAUGCACUGUGCACCUCCUAGCGACGUUAUGACAUCGCGCUAUACGACGUUUGACAUGUCAGCUAUGCCUUGGGCUUUUACUGCAGAGUUUGGAGAGGGAUUUCAAAAUGAUGAGGAUGGGCAGGAGAGUUCUUUGGAGUUUCAUGAUCGUACUUAUGGGGAGGAUGCUCGGGCAUUGAAUGAUUUGCUCCAGGCGACGUUCGAGAGACGACGACAGCCUAGAUACGUCUAG